UGAAUCGCUUACAAGGUCAGCAUGGACCUUCAACAAGGGUCUUCUAGCCUCACGACCAUCUAUCGAUUCUAGUGAGCACGGUCUAAUUCCUAUCACAUCUCACAUUUGUUCUCUGCUUACUUUUUCUUACCGUGUUGUUUUCUUCAUCUCUUCUGUUUACUGUCAUUUAUCAUGAACUGCUCAACAAUAUGCAGCCCGCGACCGCCAUCGUUCCGACGCGCGAACCGGCUUCCGACCCCGAAUCUCCAGGUACGGAGAUAUCAACAUUCUUACAACAGUUUUGGGAACCAAUGACGCAUGGACGUUGUCCCUACGUGCACCCUCAAGUAAUAUCGUUUCAUAGCGAACAAGACCGCGCAAAUUGGGAGGAGUAUAUGCCCGAUGCCAACUCUCGAGACUUCUUUCGGAACUUCGCGGGGUCGCACUCAAGAUUUGGCAGACAGACCUCGAUAGCGUUGCUCAGCAUACCCAAUGGCAGCCUCGUAGGCGACCAAUGGAAGCGAAGGCCAUGGCACGUCUUUGCGCUAGCUAUUAUCAAUGACACCGCAACCAAGAGAAAAGGUAAAAGAAUUCUAGUAUGGGACUGCGACCCCGUUAAACAAGCUUCCGUUCGGCAAAGAUGGAGGAACAUCUUAUGGGGAAAACAGCGCUCGUUCAUCCAAUAUCUACGCGACAAGAGGCAUAUGAAGAAAGCCGAGAUUUGGUACAAUAUCGACGCGUCGGGCAGUGGGAAGGACAAAUGUUUAUUACUAUCGCAACGGAAAGUAUGGGAAUGGGCUACCUUGGGGGAUAUAAGUUAUCAAGGAGCGGAUGAUCCGCGUUUUCAACAUUGUGUUAGACUUAAAUUUUAAUGUGGGAUGGGGUUUCCAAAGGCAUGCGCUUGAUCCUGAGUCCUUUUUACGCGCGCUGUCAGAUGACGUCUAAUAGCGUGAACCCAUAGCAUAAUUUUACUAUA